AUGGAGAACAAAGCAUUCUUGAUCUCCUUUCUUGGGAUAUUUUUUCAUGUGCCGCAAGCCGCCUUUGGAGAUGGGUCCUACUCUUUUCCCGAGGAGAUGGAGCGAGGCUCAGUUAUUGGAAAUUUAGCGAAAGAAAUGGGUCUUGAAGUGAGCAAACUGGCUGCUCGAAAGGCUCGCAUAGAAGCUGACGGAAACGGCAAACGGUAUUGUGACGUUAAUCUGAGCACCGGAGACAUUAUUGUUGCAGACAGGAUCGACAGAGAGGGGCUUUGUGGAAAGAAGUCGUUGUGUGUUUUAACACAAGAGCUCGUUUUAGAAGAGCCAUUAGAGCUCCGUCGCGUUAUGCUUAACAUCCAAGAUAUUAAUGACAAUUCACCACAAUUUAAAAAGAAGGAUAUCCAUUUUGAAAUUAGUGAAUCCGCAGCGAAGGGAAGUCGUUAUCGCUUGGAAGAGGCCCAUGAUGCAGAUAUCGGAAUUAACGCCGUUCAGGAAUACAGUAUUGGGAAGAACGAACACUUCAGACUCAAUGUUAUUUCUAAAAGUGGUGGAGGAAAAUACAGUGAGUUAGUUUUAGAAAAAGAGUUGGACAGAGAACAAACGCAGACGCUAACAAUUGUGCUUGUAGGAACGGACGGGGGCGCUCCUCGGAGAUCAGGUACUGCUGUUGUUCAUGUUACUGUGCUGGACGCUAAUGAUAACGCCCCGGUGUUCACCGAGGCCGUUUAUAGGGCUAGUCUGCCUGAAAACUCUCCAUUAGAUGCUGUGGUUGUUAAAGUAACCGCAAAAGAUGCCGAUGAGGGAGUAAAUGGAGAAGUGACAUAUGAUUUUGAUCACAUUUCUGACGACAAUAACGUAUUUUCUCUUGAUCCAAUAACUGGAGAUGUUAAGCUUACUGGAACAUUAGAUUAUGAAGCAAAACCAUCCUAUGAAAUGCAAAUUACUGCCAAGGAUGGUCCUGGUUUAGUUUCUUCGUCCACAUUAAUAAUUGACGUCACGGAUGUCAAUGACAACAUUCCACUAACGUUAAUAAAAUCGCUUAAAAACCCUGUUCCAGAAAAUACACUACCAGGUACAGAGGUGGGCAUCAUUAACGUUCAGGACAGAGACUCUAAUAAGAAUGGACAGAUCCACUGCUCCAUUCAAGAAGACAUCCCUUUUAAAUUAGUUCCUUCUAUUAAAAGCUAUUAUUCUCUGGUGACAACAGGACAACUGGACCGUGAAUUAGUAUCUGAUUACAACAUUACAAUAAUUGCCACUGAUCAGGGCUCUCCUCCUCUGUCCUCCUCUAAAACUAUUCAGUUAUCUGUAGCUGACAUCAAUGACAACCCACCUGUGUUUGAGGAACAGUCCUACAGCGCAUAUGUGAGUGAAAAUAACAAACCUGGCUCAACUUUAUGCUCUGUUUCUGCUCAAGAUCCUGACUGGAGACAAAACGGUACAGUGAUUUAUUCUCUGUUACCUGGUGAGGUGAACGGUGCCUCGGUGUCCUCCUAUCUAUCUGUUAAUGGAGACACAGGAGUGAUCCACGCUGUGAGGUCAUUUGAUUAUGAACAGUUCAGGAGUUUUAAAGUCCAAGUGAUGGCCAGAGACAAUGGUUCUCCUCCUCUCAGCAGCAACGUGACUGUCAGUGUGUUCAUAUCAGAUGUGAAUGACAACUCUCCUCAGAUAUUGUAUCCAGCACCAGAGGGCAGCUCCUUCAUGACUGAGUUGGUCCCCAAAGCUGCACAUGGAGGGUCUAUGGUGUCCAAAGUGAUAGCAGUGGACGCAGACUCUGGACAGAACGCCUGGCUUUCAUAUCAUAUAGUCAAAGCCACAGAUCUUGGACUUUUCAGUAUUGAUUUGCACAGUGGAGAAAUCAGGACACAGCGAGACAUUUCAGAAUCUGACAGCAUGAAACAGAACCUGAUUGUUGCAGUGAAAGAUAAUGGACAGCCCUCUCUGUCUGCCACCUGUUUAAUGUUUUUACUUAUUUCUGAUAACUUGGCAGAAGUGCCAGAAUUUAAAGAUAUUUCGUAUGAUGAAAAUUCCAAGUUGACCUCUUAUCUGAUCAUCGCGCUGGUUUCUGUGUCCACCUUCUUUCUGACCUUCAUCAUCAUCAUCCUGGGUGUGAGGUUUUGUCGCAGAAGAAAGCCCAGACUGUUGUUUGAUGGAGCAGUAGCCAUCCCAGGAGCUUAUCUUCCUCCAAAUUAUGCAGAUGUUGACGGAACAGGAACUUUACGCAGCACCUAUAAUUAUGAUGCCUACCUGACAACAGGAUCUAGAACCAGUGACUUUAAGUUUGUUUCAUCUUACAAUGACAACACGCUGCCUGCUGACCAGACUCUGAAGAAAAGUCCAACUGAAUUUGCUGAUAUUUUUGGUCAAUCAGAGGAAUCUCCAGAGGUAGGCCUAAAUAUUAUGUUGUUUUCCAAGUGUUAG